AUGUCUUCCGCAGGGGGAGCAGCAGCAGCACCAGCAGUAACGGCAGCAGCAGCAACGGCAACGGCAGCAGCAAACGUUUUUGCUGAUCCACGAGAGCUCGAUGGCGUCUAUUCUUCUUCGUUUUACCUUUCAUUCGUUGCUGCUGCUGCUGCCCACGCGGUUUCUUCCGCAGCAACAGCAGCAACAGAUGCUGGUGCAGCAACAGCAGGCCGCCCAAAGCUCAGGGGAGCAACUCAGAAACGACAUGCAGCCAUUGAACGUCUGCUACGGCUGAGGCCCCAGAUGCUGCCCUCUGUAGCUCGUGUGGCAGCGGCAGCUGCUCGCAUGCAGCCCCGUGGCUGCACCGCGGCAUCAGCAGCAGCACCAGAAGGCACACAGGCACUGUGGCGAGAGGAGUUGGUGACUGUCCUUCGUACCACUUCGGCUGCUGCGACUGCUGCUGCUGACAGAGCUUUCUGGAACGCAUUUGCUGUUGCUACAGCUGAUGCUGCUGAGGCUUUCGUCCCCGCAGAUAUCUGCACCAUUACCGCAGCAGCAGCAGCAGCGGCAGCAGCAGGAGCCCCAGGAUGGAAGGGGCUUAAUGAACGCCAUCAACGCAUGCUCCUAGCACUGCAAGAACAAAUAAGAAAACAUGCCCAAGGUUACUCCCUUCCUCAGCUGUUGUCAUCCUUAGAGGCGCUACAGUCGCUGUUGCGGAUACCUUCUGCUGCGCGGCCAGCAGCUACAGCAGCAGUCUCCGCAGCAGCAACAGCAGCAACAGCAGCAGCAGCAGCUUUGGGUGCGGCUGCAGGGGAGCCAGGCGUCAAGACGAAAGCAACAGCCAUUGCAGCAGCAGCUGCUGUUGCAGGUGAUCUGCCAUUGCUGCUGCAGUGCAUCGAGGGAACCAUGCAUACGAAACUAGCACAGGCAGCACAGCGUGCUGCUGCCGGUGCUGCUGCUGCUGCACCUGCUGCUUCUGCUGCUGCUGCACCUGCUGCUGCUGCUGCACCUGCUGCUGCUACUUUUGCCGUCAAGCCAUCAGCAGCGGCAGGACAAACAACAAGGGCAGUAGCAAGAACAGCAAAAGAGGAGCGGCAGCCUGUGUUCUGCAGUGUGCUGCUGCGGUGUUUGCGUCUCUUUGCUGCCGCGGAGGUCCCCUGCCCCGCGUUGCUGCAGCUAACGUUCUCCACACUUGCUUCCAGGUGCGUUUGGUUUUCUACCGGGCAGCUGGUUGAAGUGGCGGAGUUGCUGCUGCAGCUGCAGCCGCAGGAGAAGCCUCACACUGACGACGAGGCGCUGCAUGCAUUGAACGCACGCCUCAUAGGCGAUGCAGCAGCAUCUGAGGUGUCUCUGCAACAGCUGCUGCGUCUCCUAUGGCUGCGGUGUCUGUGCCUGCAGCGUCUCCUAUGGCUGCGGUGUCUGUGCCUGCAGCGUCUCCUUCGUGCCUACGGUGGCAUGGGCCUCACCAGCCCUUCCCUCCUAGCAGCCGCACUCAGUUACUUUAGACGCGCAGAUGACACGGGAAACCACCCUGUGGGGGCCUCGGGGCCUUGUUCCGUGUCUCCAAAAAGAGCACAUGCAGCAGCUCUACGCGCAAUCGCUGCUGCUGCCGCUGCUGCUGAUGCGGGAAAAGAGCAGCUGCAGCAACAGCAAGAUCAGCUGCUGUCCUGCAGCGCAGCCUAUGUGCAGUGCUUGGCUGACGCUGAAACAGCAGCAGCAGCAGCUGCUACUGCUGCUUCACCCGAUGGCGUUUCUUCCAAGGACCAGCCUGCGCUGAUACUACUGCAUUGUUUGCUGCAGCAGCAGGCGCUUGGCCGAUCAGAGCUGCUGCAGCUCCUCCCCACCUUACUGCAGGAGCUGCAGCAUGAGCAGAAGCACCAGACGUACUUGCAGUGCUGCGGCCUUGUGCUGUCUGUUUGUUCCAGCUGCGGGGUGCAGCUGUUACAGCUGUGGGAGGAGCUGCUGAGCCCGCUACUGCAGCCGCCUGCUGCGGCAAAGCCUGUAGCAGCAGCACAAGUAGCAGCAGCAGGGACACCCUGGGGAGGCUGGCUACUUUCUCGGCCUCUGUUACAGCACACGCAAGCAGCAAUCUCUGCUGCUUGCUUUUGUGGUGUGGCCUAUGCUGGCGCCGAGACCGCAGGGGAGAAAAUUGAGUUGACGAGUGCUGCUGCUUCUGCUGCGGCACAUGCAGCAGCACUAGCAGGCGGGUUUUUGUCCCUCCUUCAGCGCAGCAGCAAUAGUAGUAGUUGCCUACGUCAGCUCACUGGGGAGUCGCUGGAAGAUUUAGCUACGGAUAUUUGCGGUCUUUAUCGAGUACAAAGUGCUGCUGCUGUGCUGCUCGAUCUGCUGCCACAGCAGCACGUGCAGGCGCAGCAACAGCGGCGACAUGAGCAACCAGCGGAAGGCUGCAGUGGAACCUCACUUGUUUCAACAACGAAGGAGCCAUCUCCAAGCCUUGGUGGGCUUCUGGAUGCGGCGUUUCCCGAGUGGCAGCAGCAGCACAAGAUGGAAGAACAGCAACCGCAGGAGGCUUCUCUGCAGCACGCGCUGCACCAGCAGCAGCAACUGCUACUGCAGCAGCAGAGCGGAUUGGUAUUUGCGCUGCUGCUUGAGCUGGCCUGUCGAGGCUCUCCCAAGAGCUUUCAGGAACUACCGCCUGCACUGCUGUUGAUGCUGGAUAGUCCUAAGGAAGAUGCCUCCGUAGACGCCCACAGCUCUUCAAUGCACCCCACAAUUAUCUGUUUCUUGCAGUCUGCAGCACGAGGAGCUGCUGCUCUCCGCAGCAACAGUGACAGCAGCAGCAACAUCCAGGCCAAUACCAGCAACACCAGGGGUAACGGCAGCAACAGCACCCUAGAAUCAUCGUCUGCACUUGCUGCAGAGGUUGCCCCUACGCUCUGCAUCAGCAGCAGCAGUUCUGGGGAUUUGGUUGAUUCACUGCAGCUGCUGCAUCGGCUGGUAGGUGGUGAACAGGCUAAUUCGUCCGUGCUGCAUCAGCUGCUGCAGCUGCUGCUGCUACUGCCGGCUGCAGAAAGCUCAGCGAUGCUGUCUGCAGCAGCAAACCGUUACAUGCAGCACCUUGACAGGCUGCUGCUUGCAGCUCGCCUGCAGCAGCGCCACAAAAAGACGAACCCCCGAACGCUAAAUCCUAUUGCCGAGCCCUAA